AUUUGUCCUGUAAAAGCUCUUCGACUGCAAGGAUUUUCUCCACUAGAAUGUUUGUGCGCGAUACUUCAGUGAGUAUUAAAGGCAGUGCGUCCUCGCUCUGCAAUAAUCUGACGGUUUUGUCGUCAAGGGAGAAAGAGUCGGUGACUUACGGUGUCGUUCACAAGGCGUUUGUUUGCAUUACCAACGUUACGAAGGGAAGCGCCGUAAAUCAGAAACAAGUAUCUUGUAAAGGAGAAGGAGCUCAUAGUAGUUCUGCUGUGUUACAAGUAAGUGAGCUGGCUGUUUAUGCAGUCAAACUAUUAUGUACAUUCAGUCUCCCGUGAUGAAAAUAUAUUCGAGAAUCGUUGAAUAAAUAAGCGCUUGAAAUUGGGAUCGGAUCAGAUUCAGAGUCGCAUAGAAUUACGGCUUAUUAGACGAAACAAACACUUCUUUUACAAAAAAUCGAGAGGUUCACGGCUAAACUAUAUAGCGUAAGCUUAAUCCAUGCAAAUCAACAGCACAACUUUACUUUUGAUAGUUACCGGUGGUAAGUCUGUCUAGAUCUACAGAAUUAAGCGGGCGUUUUGUUUGUUUCUCCGAUUUUGAUAGAUGUCUUUACAGUUAGUUUUUCUUUCAAAUUUAAACGAAAUGCAUUGGGAAGUAAGUAAAAAUAUGUAUAUUUUAUUACUCAGUUGAAUUUUUGUUGCCAUUUUCUAAAUUAACAUAGUUAUUUUUUUAAAAUUUCUAGUAGUUGAAUGGUAAUCGCUUGUCACCUCCAAAUUUUACAUUUUGGAACGUCCAUUUAAACAUAAGCAAUGAAAUGAUACAUGCAGAAUUGUUCAGCCUAACAAAACAUGAGUAUCACCUGUUCUUAGCAGGAAGUCAGUGCAAGGACUUUCCCUCUCUAUCUUGAACCUGCUACUGCCAUUAUUUUGUUACCACGUUAGUAUUUUUUUCAAGUGGUCAGUUUGGCAGAUAUGUUAAAAACUUGCCCUGGCUAAAUUGUUUUUACUGGUAAUCAUUGCUUCAUAGUCAUAAUAAAGGCAACGACUGGCACAGAACGACACAAUCUGUGUCUCAAGAGUGUCCUUAUUUAAGGAUGUUAUCAUUUUAAAUGUGGGAGAAUGUUUGGAAAUUGUGACUUGGCAGUGUAUUUUUGCACUUGCCCUCAGUGGAUUUGCAAUACUCCACAGAUACAUUUUCCAGGUUCGGGAAAAGUUCAAUCACGUUUGUUUAUUUUUAAAAAAUUUUAAAACUAAACUAGUGAGCAGCACUCUGCGAUCUGUUGCUGUUAAACUUGUUUAUCCUCCUAUGUGUUUCGUCUAACUAACGUAGACUUCUUCAGGGAGUUUUACAAUCAAAUACUAAACGCCUGUAUUUAAGCCAUAAUAUGACUAAAAAUAAUGAUGGUCACAAACAUUGAAGGUUUGGCCGGAUUUACGAAAAGGAACAGGUGCAGCUGUGAAAUUUUUAUGCAAGGCAUGAGAAAACUUUGGGGCCACCGUUUUAACUAAAACUGUGGCCCCAAAGAGCAUAACCCUAGUUGCUUAAUCAGCUUUUAUGGUUGGCAGAAAGCCAAACCUCACGUGAGGUCUUGGAUGUUAAAUUCAAAAAUUUCUCAAAAAUGAGUUGUCUAGUGUAGAGGGUGUCCGAAAAGUUCGUUCCUCUACUUUAUAAGUCUGUAUUUCAGUAAGAUUGGACUUGCUAAGCAAAUCAUUUGAAGAAAAGCUGUGUGUUUCAAUCUAAUUCACUAUUUUCAUACUGAUGGUGCCAUCUUUUGACUUGAAUAUUCGAUUUGUGUACUUCCGUGCCAAAGGUGCCCGUGCGCGUUUUUUUCCCCAGCCACGUAUUUUUUGUAUUUCAUAGCCCGAAUUACUCGAACUCCUUCCUUGUUUUUUUGUGAAUAUCAAGAAAGAUAAACUCCCUUAACGCAAAAAAGUUCAGCCACGUGAGAGCAUAAGCAUGUAUACUUCGAUUUACUGGCCUAUCUGUUGUAGAAACUGCUUAAAAAACUGGAAAAAUUCGAAUGUUGGGUGGUAAAAUGAUCAUGGAGAAAUGGAAGUUUUGAAGGCAAGAAACGAAGGGGAAGACCAAAAGUCCUGAAUAAAGAAGCCAAAAUAGUUUUGAAGAAGGCUAGAUACAAAAUAGGAGACUCGACAAGGAAGCUCUCACAUAGUUAACCAGCCAAGUCCAGAAAGGGUCAUGAAAAGGUGUUUAAAAUGUUUAAAUUUAAUGGCCUCUGAGGUGGCAAAAAAAAACUCUGCUUUGUCUGCCAAGUAACCCCCAGCUCGUCUCAAAUUUGUAAAGAAGUACAAAAGCCUUGCUGUGGAAGGGGGUGGGGAUGAUUAUUGUUUUUGGAUGAAUGCCCAAAAUAAAUUUUUUUCAGCUGUCUAAACUAAACAAAUAUUGUUUGGGGGUUGAACUGGCUCCUGCACACCAGGUGAUGAAAAAGCUCCAAAUGGAUCAUCUGUGGGUCUACUGUAUCCCACUUCAAGACGCACCGGCUACAGAAUGUGAUAAA